AUGUCGAGUCGACAUAGAAACCAGGGAUCCUCUCGCAUUGUGGCAGGCGCUACCGGUACUAGCCGACAGAGCUCUUCUCGCACUACAACAGGCCUCACUCGACAGAAGUCGGCACAAGUGCUGAAGAAGUAUGCGUCAACGAGGAAGUUCGGCCGCCGACAUGAGCUGCAGCGAGAAGAUGAACACCUCCACAACACAGCGAUCGUCGUCUAUUCCAAGCGAAACCCGGACGAAGAGGACACUGUCAUGUCCGCACAGUGGCGGAUAUCGGAGGCUCUGGCUUACGAAAAGUCGAUCGCCCGGCGACUAGCAGCUUUCAUCAACCGCAAACUCGGAACAACUUCUUGUCACAACCCGACCGUCAUCUUGGACCACGUCCUGCUGGGUAGCCGCGAGAACGCUGAAGACAGUCAACUGCUCAACUUUUUGGGUAUAACGCACAUCUGCAACUGUGCCAAGCAGGUGGGGAAUAGCUUUGAAGGCGAGUUCAUCUACCUCAAGCUGAACCUGAAGGAUUCCCAGGACGAAGAACUGAUCCCCCACUUCCAAACAGUAGCUAAGUUCAUUAAACGCGUCGAGAGACUGCGAGGCCGUGUACUCAUCCACUGCAUUUCCGGUGCUUCUCGUUCACCGGCACUAUUGGUAGCCUAUUUGAUGAUUGACAAGGAUAUGUCGUUGCUGGACGCGUACAACAUGGUGCGGCGUAAGCGCCACAUUGUACAACCGAAUCAGGGCUUCCGACUUCAACUUGCCAAGUACGAACUUAUGCUGCAUGGCGCCUCCUCUGUUGCAACAACCCCCGACAAAGACUGGAACUUCUACGCUUGGAACGAGGUCAAAAACGAAAGACCUGUUCGUCAGAAAUGA